UAGUCAGAUUUCUUCUGGAACCCAAAUCGCUUUCUCUUUUCCAUCUCUCUACUGUUUUGAAUGACUCGAUUGGCUUCAUCGUAUAGAGUUUUAUAGAUCUCUUUGAGACGAAACAAGAUUAAAAAAAAAAAGAAAUCUUUAGGAAUUGAUCCAAAGUGGUGGGGAUUAAUGGGAACCAUAGACCUUAGAGCUGCUGCAGAUGGAAACUUGUUUGCGGAUCUUAGUAGUCAAGUUCACCAGCUCCCUUGCUGUAUUAGAUUCGAUGGUCCUUCUGAAGUUUCCCACUAUUUCAAGCCUAAAUCCAGUGAGGUUGAAAUUGAUGGAGUAAAAACGGAAGAAGCUCAUUUCAGAGGAAGGAAGUUGCAAGGAGCAACUAUCUCACUCCCUAGUGGCUAUUCUGGUUUUGUGCUUGGACAAGCGAGUGACCUGAAUGCUAAUGGAAAGAGAAAAGCUUCUAGUAUCACGGAUGAGAACCCGUGUUGGGAAGCUAAGGCCAAAUUCGAUAACCUGACAUACUGGAAUCACGAUAAUCUCCCUUCAAAAGACGAUACUUUUGUGCGGUCUUUUCAUUGGUUUAACAUUGCAGAAGCGCUGCACAAGCCAGUGAAAGUUGAAGACUUGGUUGCAGCAGUUUCACAUGGUGGAAAGGAUCAACUAUGAAAGUGGCAUUAGAACGUUGAACAAAACAUAAAACCAAGUAAGAAGGUCACUUAAGAACGUUUGUUUUGUUGACAUAUAAUUCUCAAGGCUUGUUUGGAUUCCAUUUGAUGAUAAGUUGUGUUAUUUUCUGUGUAAUAUUUAAAUUCUAUGAUUUUGAAUUGUUUUUUAAAAAAUGAAUUUAUUUGCCUAUCUGUUUACAUAAACAAAAUUUUGUAAUUUCUUGGGGGUUAUAUUAUUCCCCUUUAAUAUUGCAAUUUUUGUCA